UUUCUAUACGUCCGGGGAUAUUUUGUGACAGAGGAACUGGCAGAGUUGGAGCUCCCGUUUUUUGGGGCUAUUCUCCACUGAAGGACGUGUUAUGGAAGGAGGAGCCUUAAAGUGAAGAAGAACAAACCAAGCGGCCCAGAAUAACCUCCCAGAACCUCGGCUAUCUCCACAGAAUGAGUCUUCUCUCCUCGGCUGGGUGAAAUGCCUUGACCCGACCCCCGCCUCGCCAUGGCAGCUUUAGUCUCCACUGUGGGCUUGAUGGUGAUGCUCAAGGCUCUUAUGCACAGCUGUCGCCGCCGUGCACUGUUUCUGGGGAUAACGGUGUUGGUGACAGUGAUCGCAGCUGACUCACCUGUUGCAGAUGAGCCUCCGCUGGACUCCACACACCACCCCAUGGGACGUCUGGGAGAUGUUCCAGAUCCCCCGGGGUCAUCGCCAUCAGCCUUACCAGACUCACAUUACACUGCCUUUGAGAGCCCAGACUCACCUGGUGCCCUGCCAUCAGCUCCUCAACCAAUCCAUGAAGCUAGGACUGCUGACACAAUGCUGUUUCAGUCGGAGCAUAACUCCAAAUCCAACACGCCAAGGGAUGCCCUCACAGAAGAGCCACAUGCUCUGACAACUCCAUCAUUAAGCCCCCCUGAGCCUGUACUUGGUUCUGGUCCACAAUUUGAGGCACCAGCUAAACUCUCCACAGACUGGAAAAUAAGCAGGACAAACUCAGAUCACAAGUUGUCUUCUCUCUCCCCAACUCCUACGAGUUCACAGCCACAUCCAGAGUUCAAUGAAUCCUUAAUAUCGCUAAGCCCUUCUGCUUCUACAGGAUCAACACCUCAGCGAAGUCCUAACUCUGAGCAGAAAGCAGCUUCUAGCAAGCAGCAGGGCGGCGACUCAGAGCAAACACUGGCAAUCAUGACCUCAGAACCCGGCCAGCCUUCUCCUGAGCCUCCUAACCUGACGUUCGCUGGCGCUUUAGCGGAUGAAUUUUAUAGUAAACUAGUGGACGUGAACCAGCUGAGCCCCAGCAGCGCCCCCUUGGAGGAGAACAAACGCCCGCAUGUGGUAAACAUGCGACCAAACCAAGAUGAAAUUCUGUCUCCUGGCUACAAUGUGCCUUUCAUCGCUCCCCACCCUUCAUCACCUUCAUCCGAGCCCACUGAGGUCUCUCCAGAGGACUUCUACCCCACCAACACCAUGGAACUGGACUGGGGAUCUGGGGACUACUUAGAGACCAUGUCUUUCUUUGAUACAGAUAGAGACGACUACUCUCUGGUCACCAAGGUGCCCUCUGACUCGUAUGAUCUGGAGGACUACACAGAAACCUACGACACAUCCUUCCCAUCCAGGGUGGGCAUAUCCCCUUCGUCCUUGUAUCCUCUUCAUGUCUCACCUUCCCUCAGUCUCGCAGCAGCGUACAGCACCGUUGGUCCACUUAAAUCCAUUUAUCCUUCCUCAUUCUCCACGACAGUUCAGUUUACACUGGAGCCCACUCCCACUGCUGACAGUGAUAUACCUGACCUAUCAGACAUAGACUGGCCAGAUACCUUCACAAUCCAGCCAACAGACGUCCUCUUACCUGACAUGAACAGCUUGGAGUAUUACACCACUCAGCUGAGCAAGGAGAACAACGGUUCAGAAGCUGGUGCUGAACACAGGGGGAAUGUAACUGUGGUGUCCAUCAGCUCUACGGACAUCACACCCACCAGUGGCUUCACCAACGAUACCAAACUGGCUGAGGACGAGUCCUCCAGUGACCUGUCAGGGUUUGAGCCUCACGAUGAAUCAACUCCACUGGUAACCACAGAGGAGAGUCCUGUGUUGGUCAAUGCCUCUGAGCCUUUUCUCGAUCCUUCAAUCGUCCCAAACCACUUCCUUGAUCCCUCUUCUACCAUGUGGGGCGGUCCGGUGUCCGCCACAGAUUGGUCUCUACAUUCACUCACUGCUAGCUUGGACAGAACUGCAGUCACAGAACCUGUGCGACCCAGUGCCACACCUCUGCUGCCAGACGAUGUAAUAUCUCCCUCGUCUCUGACGGAUGUUCACUGGUUUGUUACAGAGUCUUUCCCAACCGGAGCCUUCUCCCCAGUUCCCACUGAACCGGCUGUCAACGACACAGAAUUCACCCCCCAGGACUCUACUUUUACAACUGAGCAAACUUUAGUUUCAACUGAAUCCACGUCUCAUAAUGUGACUGUGGCCCCCCCAGUCGUCUUGGGUGAUCAGGGGGUGACUGAAGAUGGAGUUGACGUCCUCGCCACAGUGACCUUGAUCCCAGCUAGCACUGAAGUUAAUACAGACUCUGCUGCACCCAAAAGUACAACUGCCACAAACACUCCUCAUCAAGCCACGACUAGAUCUACUGCCACCGCUAAAGCCUCAACGAGUGUCAACGUCACCCCCACCACUGGUGGCAAGACCACAGCUACGACAUCUAAACAGUACCUCUGUGACCUGGACAGGCCGACUUAUUUAAUAAGAAUUGGUUUUCCUUCUGGGGCUACCGUUGGAUACGCCAAAUCUCAAGUCAGAGACAUACUGAAAGGGGAAUUCAACAAGUCGGUGGAGCUACAGGUUGUGGACCCCCCACCAAAGUUUGUGUUCCGCGUCGUGUCUGGUCCGGUUGUGUACACGGCCAUAUCUGUCAUCAACGCUCUGCGAAGGUCUGGCCGUCGCUUCCUGUCUGUGUCUCCCAGCUGGACGACGCCAGACAGAAAAUAUCAAGUCCACUCAGUGCUGCAGUUCGUUCCCGGUCACAUCGACGUGCGGUUCUGCAACUUCAGCGAGAGCAUCGAGAAAGGUUUGACCAUGGCCUUUGCGGAAGUGCGUCGGCGCUCAAAGGAGUCGACCAACUUCACAGUGCAUAUUGUGAACAUCACCAUGGCUCCUCCUAAAUACGAGGAUCAACGGGUGGUGAGACAGCCGGUGGACAUCACCUUCACUGUUCGUGGUUCAAGGGGUUAUCUGACGGGCUCGGAGGUCAGCAACGCCCUGAUGAAGCUCACGAUGGUGGAGUUCAGUUAUUACAUGGGCUUUCCUGUGCUGCAGAUAGCUGAGCCUUUCCAUUAUCCAGAGCUGAACACCAGCCAACUGCUUCGCUCCUCCUGGGUUAGAACAGUGCUCCUGGGUGUGCUGGACCAGAAAGUCAACGAGAGGACCUUUCAAGCUAACAUGGAGCGCCGGGUGGCCAUGUUGCUCGGGGAGGCGAUGGGAUUAGGCAGACGGGUUAAAAGAGCCACCGUCGUCGGCAACAGCAGCGUUCAGGUUGUCAGCGCGAGCCGGCUGGUGGGCGCGGACCACCCCUUAGAAAUAGUGUAUUUUGUGGAGGGUCCCAGCGGCCAGAGGAUGCCUGCUGACCAAACAGCUAACCUGCUAAACAACCUGGAUGUUCAGAGGGCUGCCAUCGUCUUGGGAUAUCGUGUGCAGGGCAUCUUGGCACAGCCGGUGGAGAAGGUGGCCUCUUCGCCGUCCGACACCGAGAACACCAACAUGUGGGUCGUCAUCGGCGUGGUGAUUCCCCUCCUCGUGGUCAUCGUCAUCAUUUCCAUCCUCUACUGGAAACUGUGUCGGACAGACAAGCUGGAGUUCCAGCCAGACGCUAUGACCUCCAUUCAGCAGAGGCAGAAGUUGCAGGCUCCCAGUGUGAAAGGCUUCGACUUCGCCAAGCUGCAUCUUGGCCAGCAGAGUAAAGAUGAUGUCAUGGUGAUCCAGGAGUCUGUCCCGCCUGGGCCUGGUCCUGGGCCCCUCCCUGUGUCCAUUAAAGAUGGCCUCAGUCCAUCGGAGAACGGGGAGAUCCCUACGCCCAUUUCCAAAGCGUCGCUGUCCUCCACCAAGGCGUCCCGCAGCAGCCGGAGGCGAGAAAGGGUCUCCCCGUCAGACGGCGACUCGGUGGUAAGUGACCACUCCAGUGAGCGUGAAUCGACCGAGGAGAACCUGAGAGCCCACGCCACGCCCAGCGACGGCAAGCAGACCCGUAAGGUCCCCAUCAAUGUUUUAAACGGUCCUCCUCCUAUGAAUGGUACAAGCGAGCAGCUGUCCUCGGCCUCCAUCUUUGAACAUGUUGACCGGAUGUCUCGUGCCACGGACGCCAGCAGGAGACUCCCCAACAAAGUGCAGCUCAUCGCCAUGCAGCCCAUGCCCGUCCCACCACUGCACAGUCCACCGAUCAACGGCAAACUGUCCGACACAAACCAAAUCAACAAAGAGAUUCAGGUGGCACUGAGGCACAAGUCAGAGAUCGAACACCAUCGAAACAAGAUCCGUCUACGUGCCAAGAGGAAGGGCCACUACGAUUUCCCUGCCAUGGAUGACAUGGUCAGUGGCCUCGGAGAUGCGAAAGACCAAGAUCGCAUUUAUCAGAAAGCACAGACGCAAAUCGAUAAGAUCCUGGACCCAGAUGCUCAGAUGCCGUCCAUCUUCAUGGAGCACAAGAAAAGCGCUCGAGGGAGGCGCUCUCCCAAACAGAGGAUGAAGGACCAUCUGAACGGAGGCAUGAUGGAAGCAGACAAAGACCACCUCAUCACUGACGACAGCGACGCCGUUUACAGGAAGUGCCCCGGAGUCAACAACGUGGCCUACGUGUCGGACCCUGACCAAGGCCCGGGAUCCCCUCACAGGAGCCCCUCCCCCACGGACGACGUCUUCCUCGCCCACGCCUCCUCGCCUCCGGGCCAUGCCCCUCCCCCGCCCCCCUACAUGCCACCACAGCCCUCCAUCGAGGAGGCACGGCAGCAAAUGCACUCCCUGCUGGACGACGCCUUUGCCCUGGUUUCGCCCACCUCUCAGGGCAGCACAGCCGGGAUCACUCUCCCAGGGGUCAACAGCAACCCCCCUGGCUCCAGCCCUCCAGGCCGUGGCCCUAGACCCUGGGGUCCCUCCUACCAAGCUCUCGGCCCGACUCCUAGAUUCACCGAGCUGGGAAUGUCCUCUCCUGCAGUCCAGGGUCUGACACCAAGGCAGGGCCUUGGCUCGAGCUACCUGCCACCAGGAGAAGCAGCAGGACACGGCGAGCAGCUCCAACCGGACAGCCUGUACUCCAGCAGGGGCCUCUACACCGACGAGCUGCCCUCAUCGGCCAGACCUCGUCCAGUAGGGGGAACUACAGGCGCCCAGCUCCACCAUCUCACACAGGUGGGCCUGUCCAGCCGGAUGAACGGCUUCCCAGCAGGGGUCAGGGCUGCUCCGGGCCAGAACGGAGGCAUCGGCUGGAGCCAUUACCACGACGACAACUUCUCCAGAGUAGAACCGGAAAAAGAUGCAAUGCACAGGGGUGGUCUAAGGGAGCCUACAGCGCCCCCUGCCCACCUGGACGUCCAGGGAGUGGGCUACCUGACGGCCCCGCCACCCCUGGACACGUCUCCUCCAACGCACUCCUCCGCCUCCCUGAUCAAGGCCAUCAGGGAGGAGCUGUUGCGUCUCUCUCAGAAACAGGCGGCUGUGCCCAGCUACCACAGCUGAAGGCCUCGCCGGCUUCCAGUCUCCAGCUCUAACCAGUCACGUCACUGACCCUGCCUGCCUGCUUCGCCUAAUCUGACAAUGCUUCCCGUGGAAGUCCCCGAAGCUGUACAGCAGAGAGAUCGUCCUGCUGAACUGAAGUGAAGACGUGGCUCGAUGAGAGGCUGCUCUUGUGAAAAGAAACGACGACCAGGAUGGUUGACAGGUCGAAUCAGAGACUGUAGGAAGAGCAACAUGAGCAGGGCUGAGAGGAGGCGGACAUGCAGCGUGGGGACUCGUCGUUUCUUUCCUGCACUUCAUCGUGGAUCAGGGAAGGAUGAGAUCCAGUUCUGGCUACUGCAGAUCCACGUGUUGGACUCAUUUGAGAUUUUGCUGCAUUUCUUCAGACUCUGCGUCGUGAUUUCAUCCUUACAUCGCCUUCACAGAGAGAAACUCUUAAGAAGUUUCUUCGUUACGUCGCUUAGGCUACCAUAGAUUGAUUUCUUGUGUUCAGCGCAGGCCCUUACCGUUUCACCAUCAGGUGCUACUUCCUGUUUUCUGCCAUGAUGAGCCAUGCUAUGCCUUGACACUGUGACGCAGUUCAGCCGACCACGUCUACUGUUGGAGGUGGUAGUUCACAGCCAGCGGGCACCGAGGGGCGUCCAUACACGAUAACAGCACUCCUUAAUACUACCUAUUCUUUCUUUACUUACUGCAGUAGAACAGUGUUAGUCUGACUUGAUAUUUUCUGACCUCUCGACUUACAGUGCAUACUUGUUUUUUCACGUUAAAGUCCUGUUUUAUACAUUAUUUUUUAAUAAUGUUUUUGAUUAAUGUUAAUGACAGCUAGACAGAAAAGUAAAAAAAAAAAAGGCCUUGAAACACUUCACGCAUCAUUUCAGAGGCAGGCGUCGGACAGAUGUGUUACCAAUAAUCAAUGACAGUAUGUACUUGACAGUUAUGAACAUUUAUUACUGUACGUAUUCAGUAUUGGGUUGUUAUUCGAUGCACUGUAUGCAGACUACUUGGUACAGCUCAGGUUUUUGGAGAAAGAGAUUCCUCGCAGACGAAUCGGUAGAAGAAGAAAAAAACUCUAAAAGGUCACGUGGAGGAAACUGUAAAUUAGGGAAAGUCACAGUCAGCAGUAUUCUGUUUUGUGUAUUGACUAUAUACUGGACCACCUUCUCUGUUUCAUGCAGUAUUUGAAGCUUGUUUUGCCUUUUUGUUCGCACAGGAAGGAGAAAAAAACCGUGUACUGUAUUUCCUGUCAUCUAUGGUUUACAUCGACCAGUCGUUUUCUUUAAACUGCUUUGAAUUAACCUUGCCUCAUGUAAUUAUGUUCACCGAACUGUCUCCUAGUCAUCGUACUGGUUGGAAAUCAUUCCUUUUUCUAUUAUUAUUAUUUAGACAUGACAAUCCCCGGACAUGUUGUGAUGUUUUGGGGCCUGAAGUGAUAAUUUAUUUAAACGAAAUAAAAGAGAAAAUUAUGGAUUUCUAAAAGCAGGGCUUGAAAACAUGUCUGUGGAGUGUGUGCCAGUAUUAUCAAUGUCCAGGCCAGAGUUUACAUCCCAUGUCGUGUUUUGUUCUCCGUGUGAUGUGCCUUUUGGACUCACCUGAGCCAGUUUAGCAUCGCGGUGGACAGAUACUCUCUGUCGGUGCUGUAAAACUCUCAGUUAUUCAUCCCUAAUUAAAGCGACGUUACUCUGAGAGCGAAGGCUAGUAGUCCGCUCUUUUACUAUACUCGGUUUUGUAGCAUAAACCAGAUCAAAGUUUUACUGGUUCUCCCCUCGCCCAGACUCCACCUGUCCACCAAGUUUCAUGACCCGGUAGUUUUUUUAUAAUCCUGCUUAUAGACAAACAAACAAACCAACACAAGGUAAUGAAAACUUCAUUUCCUUGAUGAAGGAAUAAACUAAAUCACAACGUUGCAUCGUGGCUGUCGGAUGCUUCAGAAGACGUCUGACUGAAUGAGAUGGAGCAGCAUCCAGGUCACGGUGACGCUGUCGUUUCUGGUCGUCCAUCCUUUGUUCAUGUUCUGUCACCAAUCUCACACUGUAUGCCUCCACCUGCUGGCGCUGUACUGUAACUACACCUCGUUGUGUUCACCUUUAGUUGCUUUUUUGUUGUCAUUUCUUUUUCAUCUUUUUUUUUUCUACAUGAUAUGCUUUGUAAAAGAAAAGAACAAAACUCCAUGUGUUGGCUGGUCCAACUCCGGCUCCUGUUGCAUGUUUAUUUGUCGUAUUUCUUUGGUUUGUUUGGGUUUUUUUGCGCAUGCUGUUUCAAAAGUUCUUGAAAUACAAAAGAAAGUGUCACCAGACGUGUGUUUGGAGUCUGAA